GCUAGUCUGGGCGAGAUGGUCGAAUUCCCUUCAUGGAAUAUAUCACAGUACAGACAGACUGACUAUUUCAUCCUGACGAGUUCGGAGUACCGAGUGAGAAUACAAAAACUAAGCUCCGACGGCUCGACGCAGUCCUGCAUCGAGGAAGCAGAGUGGUAUCAAAGAUGUCGGGCAUGGGUAAACAUGACUUACCUCGGUAACGACAUGGCCGGUGUUAAGAUAAUUGUCGGGAACGAGUCAAUGGGUGGAGUAUUCAGGGUGUAUCUCUAUUGCACUGGUGGUUCCGGGACCUGCAGCUUGGAUCCGUUAAUGGAAGUUCACCUUGUCAUCAGCGAUAAAGGUAAAUUUCAUAUUUCACUGUAUUCUUAGAAUGUUUCACGAUGCAUACUGUCACGUCCUUUUUGGAAAAAGAAACGUCUGGUCCUCUAGAGCUUGGAGUUAAUUCACUUUUGUCACAGAUGAAUAAUUUUUGAUAGUAAUAAUUAUGGUGUAUCAACGUAUCUGCACCAAAUGCAAAUGACUCUUCAGCUGUGAAUAGUAAAGGAACUACAAUAAAGAUGAUACCCUAAACAUAAAUAUAAGUUAUUUGCCGGCUGGGAGGUCUGUAUGGUGAAAAACUGUGACCUUGGCCUUAAAAAUGCUGCUGUAUAAGUAACAUACUUUUUUUUUGAAACUUUACGAAAUGCUCUCCGAAAGAACUCGAAUCAUUUUGGGCUGUAAAUACGGCACGAUGUUCCAUUAACUUAAAAAAUUUCGAGUUAGUAAAUGGUAGUUUAAAUAGAGGUGAUGCAAAUUUAAGAGAGAUGCUUCACCGAAACAUUUUCAUUUGCGUUAUGAUAAAGGUAAUUUAAAAGGCUUCCAAACAAACUUUGAAACAUUAUUUUUCAAGUAUCUGUCACAAUCUGACAACUGUCAAUUAUAGAACUCGUGAGAAAAAAAUCAAACGCGUUCGUACGCUUUUGAAAAACAACGAAACUAGUUUGGCAAGGACUGUCACGAAUCAAAAACAGUCAAUUAAUGAUCUAACGGAAAGUAUUAUACACUCUCAUCGACGAUUAAUUUGUGUACGAGGAUUUACCUCUGUUCACUAAGUAAACGGCGAGGAAAGUAAUUGUAAGUAAAUUCCAAUUUUUUAUUUUGAAGUUGUGAGAGUUUGCUCGUUUGGGUAAAUCUUGGACAAAACCUAAAUUCGAAUGAUAUACUCUAACGAGACACAAGGGGAUUUAAUGCGGCCUUUUCUCACUGAAUUCCUUCUGUCAGUUUCUGUUGUGAAAUUUACAGUACAAAUGUUCAAAUUGAAUGGACUUCGUAUAUUUGUUGUAGACCUGAGAAUAAAACUUCGCUCGUUCUUUCACUACGAAUAAAAUUGUUUAAAAAAUUCAGAUAUUAAAUGAAUGAAAUUUCCAUCAGUUAGUUCAACUGUAACCAAAUACCUCAUGUUUAACUUUCUAGGUACUUUCUGUGACCAAUUAAAAUUAAUUGCAGACGGUUUUUAGGCCGCUUGUCAACUAACGUAAAGACCGCGUAAAGAACCAAUCAGAUUGCAGAAUUCGUUACCGUGCCCUCUGGAAAAAGAAAUAAAUACAUUUAUAAUAUAUCGUAGUAACUAAUGUUCCCCAUAGCCACUCAAAAACUGCGGCUGCGGUAAUUUGUCUACAUUAGAAAUGCUGGUAGUAAUAAUCAGCCUUUUAAUUUCCUCCUUCGUUACAAGUGGAACAAUUUUACCAAUUAACACAGGAGGAACGACUUUUUUGAUUAACAUUGUCUGUAUCGUUAUUUUCACCGGAGAGGCACAGGUCUACUGGCAUGGACUCGGAACUGAAAUGUCAGGGGUUGAGCCCAAUGUCAUUUGGGGAGGAGCCACUUCACUGUUAAAGAGCCUAUUUUCUCCCACUUGUAGCUUUAUCAUUUUCAUCAUUCUUACUCGCUGUUAUUUCUCUUUUUAUCUUGACGUCACCGGCAGCCUUCAAAACGAACGCGAGCGCAAGUGUUGUAGACCCCACACAGAAAACAAAGAACACUAGCGCUCAGCUGAAUAGAGGAAGAGGUAGGUUUACUGUACUGUACAAUGAUGGUCCUGGUGAUAAACCACGAGAAACUCCUUGGUAGACCGUAUGCAGUGCAGUACUGAUGCAAUUGUUGAUAGUAGUGUGGUAUCCUCCCUCUCAAAAGAGCCCUUUAGGUUAUGAAACCCCUCUGACCCACGCCUAAUGAAUCGAUUUUUGUAAACUAGUUUGAGUGGAAUAUAACUCUAGCUGAAAAUCCCAACGCUUUUUUUAAAAAAUUUUACGAGUAAAGAAAUCCAUAUCUGUUUUUUCAUUUAAUUACAAAAAUCUAAUCGUCGGCACGCCUCAAAUUGAAAAUCUUAAUGACAUGUUCUCUUAUUCGUAAUGCAGGUUGUUGCAGAUCACGACAAUAUAUUUAAAUUAAACAAAAACUCAGUUGUAAUGAAUUUACAUCUUGUCUACUCUGCCAGCACCCAUUUAUCGCCUUCAACAACAACAUGAUGGAUGCAAGCCAGAUUUUGAAAAAUCUUAAAAGCAUUCUAGUUUGACAUAUCAAAUAUUUUAAUGUGUUAUCCCUUGACGAAGGAAAAGAACCAGAACCUAUUAGUAAUGUCCUCCUGAUGAUUCUUCCUCGAGAUAGAGACUUAGAAAGUGUAAGCGAAGGAGGAAAGUAAAAAAAACCUCUUCAUACGUAUGUCAAAUUCAUCUCCGCUUUAUCUUUAUCAAUCAACUAUUUCUGUUUUUUACAAAGCUUAAAUGUUGUGCAAAGAAGGAUUUCGAGCACGAAAAUUGCAUUUUGCAUUAUCUUUAAGUUCAAUCAGCAAUGUGAAAAAAAAACUUUAACUUUAACUCCCAGUCAUUCAUUUUUGACAGAGGCGAAACCAUCAGUCCCAUAUACACCCACUAUCCCGACUACCCAGGGCUUACAACUACCGGAAUCGAGGUCUAAGAAAAACAGGAAUGGAGGGUUGAGCCGUAAAACAGGUAGGUAGGUUCACAGUGCAAGGAAAGGCUGAUUCCUUUAAAAGUCCAACAGAGAUGUUACAUCUGCUUACAGCGGAGAGCAGUUUUCUUUACUAAUCCCUCAAUGGAUUAGAUAGAUCAUCAGCGAUUAUUAUUUAUUAUUCGUUUAUCAUAAUUUGAAACUAAAAUUAUAACUGAAGACUAUUUACUUCUUCACAAUUUUCACUGCGUUAUCCUCAUCUUACAGGAGUCUCUGCUCUUCUCCAAGCCGUCCUUCUGUUUGUGAUGGCGGUACUUAUCUAAUCUCGCUCGAAGAACACCGAGACAUGAAAUCAUGUAUUUGACGUAGUGCGUCCUCAUUUGAAAGGAUCUUGAUAGAAAAAAACUGUUUUCAUCUCUUCAUUACGAUAUUUGGCGUUACUUAAACUUGAAAGUUUCCAAAGACACAGCAAUUGUAAAGGUAAAGAAAUUAUGAAAACUUAUUUUCUUAAGCUACUAUAAACGGUAUUUAAAAGGAAAAAUUUUGAGAAACAAUUAUGAUGUAAUUAACUAAUGUGAGAUUUCAAGCAUGAUGAUAAAGCUUUGAAAAAAUUUUAGAAUUAGGAAUCAAGAAAUUGAUCUCUUUUUUUUUUAGAUAAUUUUGUUAGUGCCGUCUCUCCUGCUAAGCUAGUUGAUGUCAUUUCAAGUGUAAAGUUAUUGAAUGAAACAGUAGUUGGCAAAAACGGAUUUCCACGACAUAUUUAGAUUAAUUAGAUGCUGUUACAAACUAGAAAUAUUAAAUCGGUUUAAACUCGACUCGAGGAGAAAGUUUAGACACGAUUUCAUAGAAAUUGUUUAAGUAAUAUUGUAAUCAGGGGGGCUUAUAGAAUUAAUUUCAUUCUGAAACAGUGCUUUUGCAGGAAUCUCAGAAGAAGAAUAAAUCGAGCGUAACUUGUGGAAUAAACUGAAAUGAGAAGCACAAAAUGACUGUCUCUUCCCACUGAAAGAAAGGCAAGCCGAAAAUAUAUUGGCACAGAAACAAAUUCAGUUACAUUUGAGAGGAAAGCUCAUUCCUAAACGUAACUCUGACUCGAAAAAUGCAUUUUUAAUAGGUGAAUUUCGUAUUGUCAAUUUUAAUUUCUUUUUGCUUUGUGACCGGUCAAGUCAAUACCUCAGCACUCACCUCUGUCAAUUCAUAAACUCGUCAUAUGACAACAUUUUCUAAUUAAAUAACGUGGCACUUCACUG